AUGGCUCCUAGUCUGGAAAUCCUUGCCAGCGCUCAGCCAGACCCCGAGUUUCUCGAGGCAUGUCCCCUCCCCCGCCAAAACAGCCCUCCGCCGCUUCCGGCCAAUGUCGACAUACAAACCCUUCGAGCCACAUCGAACAAGCACAAAAAUGAGGCGCGAGAUGCGCUAGGAGACCCUCCUCUGAACCUGACCGAGCGAGAUAUCGAGAUACCCGUUCGUGACGGCAGCAGUAUUCUUGCCUAUGUUUAUGCCCCAUCAGAUGUCGUCCCUGGAGACGAACUUCCUAUCUUUUUAUUCUUCCAUGGUGGCGGCUUCUGCCUGGGCACGCGCCAUGAUGAUAUGCAGUCCAACAGAAUCUUGGCGGUCAAGGCUGGUAUCAUCAUAGUCUGCCUCGACUACCGUCUUGCUCCGGAACAUCCGUUCCCUCAGGCUAUUCAUGAUGGAGUGGAUGCUUUACAUUGGAUCGCUCAAAAUCCAACGCAACUUCACCCUUCAGCGUCCCCUUCAGCAGGCCUUGUCAUCGGAGGCACUUCCGCCGGAGCAAACAUUGCCAACGGCGUGGUGUAUCUGAACCGCGACCUUGGAUCUCCUGCAAAGGUCACUGGGCAGUUUCUCGGUGUCGGACCUCUUCUUCCUCCACCAUGCGUUCCUGAGAAGUACAAGGACGAUUACGUCAGUCACGAGCAGAACAAAGACGUGACUAUACCUCCAGAAGAACUUGCUCGCGCAUUCGUUGGUAAGAAACCCGAGACAUGGUGUUACAGAGAAAUUAAGAUAUUUGCAGCUGCAUACAAGCCAGAUCCGAGCUCGCCGAUCGCAGUGCCUGCUGUGCAUCCAUCAGGACACUCGGGAAUUCCUCCCACGUACUUUCAAGUCUGCGGGCUUGAUGGUCUGAGGGACGAGAGUAUCAUUUACGAGCGGAUUCUCCAGGAACACAGCAUCUCCACACGACUGGAUUUGUAUCCUGGUCUACCCCAUCAUUUCUGGGAAUUCUUCCCUCAGUUGAACAAACAGGUUGAAAAGAGAACAAAUGAUACAGUGGAGGGAAUCAAGUGGUUAUUGCAUGGGUCGAAACUCCCAAAGUUGUGA